CCUGAGUGAGGGGCCAUACGCAGCCAGGGACCCCUGACCCCAGACUGAAGGAUCAUGCCCCCUCAAUCCAUGCUAGCUGCUGCCUUCACCUGGUGGGAGAGAACCUGAGUGGCCAAAAUCCCUCAGACCAAGGAGCCAGCCUGGAGAAAGACACCAGCCUUGGAUGUCCAGUGGCAGCUGCCUGGGUCCACCAUGGCAUACGACUUUGACCCCCUGGCCCUGGACUCUCUGAGCUCCCUCUCCCAGAGCCUGAGCAGCGACACAAGCUCAGUAGCACGGUACCUGCUGAGGAAGCAGCAGCGACUCCUCAAAGGCCCCUCCAGGGGACUCCGGGCAGCCUCCCCCAUGGGUAGAGUCAUUCUCAUCAAUUCUCCUAUUGAAGCCAACAGCGAUGAGAGCGACAUCAUCAAUGCCGUCACCGUGGACAAGAGUCCCACAGGGAAGCUGGGUUUCAGUGUGCGUGGGGGCUCAGAACAUGGCCUGGGCAUCUUCGUCAGCAAAGUGGAGGAGGGGAGCAGUGCUGAGCUGGCUGGCCUGUGCGUCGGGGACAAGAUCACAGAGGUGAAUGGCAUCAGCCUGGAGAGCAUCACCAUGGGCAGCGCGGUCAAAGUGCUGACCGGUAACAGUCGCCUGUGCAUGGUGGUGCGGCGGAUGGGGCGGGUGCCAGGCAUCAAAUUUUCCAAGGAGAAGACUACCUGGGUGGAUGUGGUGAACCAGCGGCUGGUGGUGGAGAAAUGUAGCUCGAGCCCGUCAGACAGCGGGUCAGAGGAGGGCGUCCGGCGGAUUGUCCACCUCUACACCACAUCGGAUGACUACUGCCUAGGCUUCAACAUUCGCGGUGGGAAGGAGUUUGGCCUUGGUAUCUAUGUGUCCAAGGUGGACCGAGGUGGAUUAGCAGAAGAAAAUGGCAUCAAAGUGGGAGACCAGGUCUUGGCGGCCAAUGGGGUCGUGUUUGAUGGCAUCAGUCACAGCCGGGCCGUGGAGAUCUUGAAGGGGCAGACGCAUAUCAUGAUGACCGUCAAGGAGACGGGUCGGUACCCAGCGUACAAAGAGAUGGUGUCGGAGUAUUGCUGGCUUGAUCGAUUGUCCAACGGCCAACUGCAGCAGCUCUCGCAGACCUCAGAGUCCAGCUCGUCCAUCUCCUCCUUCUCCUCCAGCACCCCUUAUGGCUCCAUCAAUGGUUCCCACCCCCUCCCCACCCUGGGCUCCUGCUCGGACCUCACCUUCACCAACACGGCAGACGUGAGCAUCUCCACCGAGGAGCUCAGGUCCCGGGCUGGAGGCCGGGAAUGGGCCGAGACCUCCAUGCAGACUGACCCUCCACUCCUUCCCAUGGACCCCGAUGGGGCCUCCCGUGUGGAGGAGCUGACGGAGACUUGGCGCAGCAUCCGGCCCACGGUGCUCCUCAAAGACACCGCUAUCCGGGGGGACUCCGGCCGGGCAUCAGGGUCCCGCCUGAGCUCAGCGCGCUCAGAAAACCCCAAGACCGCAUUGCUGCUGGCACUCAGUCAGCCUCGCCAGCCCAUCGUGCGCUCUCAAAGCUACCUGACUGUGCAUGAAGAGAAGAAGAAACGGAAGCAGGAGAAGCGGGCGGCCUUGGGGGAGAAGGGGGCCCCCCUACGGCGUUCCAAGACACUGAUGACUCUGUUCUUCAAGGGAGGAUGGGGAGGACGGCAAGAUGGCGAUGGGAAGAGAGAGGCCAGGGCAGCAGAAGGAAGGGAACCCGGACAAUCCCCAACACGGCUUGAGAAUGACAAAGGUAACCAGUGUGGAACUAUACACAAGUUUGUCACCUGGAGGAGGAGGCGGGACCGCGAGCGGGGGCGGGCCUUGCUCUCGCCAAGGCUCUGGGGGGCUUCCGGGCAGCCGUUCAAUGGGGACGGCCCCAGCCCAGCCUGGGAGAGCCGCCUGCCCCUCAUCGAGGACCUGGCCCGCCGCCUUCUCACGGAAGAUGAGGUCCUGGCUGUCACUCGCCAUUGCACCCGGUACAUCCGGGAGGGCAGUGUGGAGGAUCUGGUGCGGCCACUCCUUGCCAUCCUGGACCGGCCCGAGAAACUGCUGCUACUGAGAGACGUCAGGAGCAUAAUCAGCCCCACAGACCUGGGCCGCUUUGACAGCAUGGUGAUGCCCAUGGAAUUGGAGGCCUAUGAUGCCCUGAGGGGCCGUGCAGUGAGGUCUCCAGCCCUGAGGCCAGCCCAACCGGACCUGCCGCCCAAGAGACACCUCAUCACCCCUGUGCCUGAUUACCGGGGUGGCUUCUACCUGCUGCCUGUGAAUGGCUUUGAGGACGGAAGGGGACAGGAGCUCCAAGAGCAGAUAGUGGGGCUCCGGGUGUCCCCUGCUCCCCGCCGCACCAAGCCCAGCUCCAAGAUCUGCCCUCCCCUCCAGGAUGUGCCAGUGGAUGCCUUGACUGGGCACAGUGCCUCCCCAGCACCCAGCACUGCCCGCUCCACCCGGCCGAACCGGCUGCUGGCUGAGCCCCUGGGGCCCACCUCGGAGUCUGCCCAUCACAGCCAACGCCUCGCCCGCUCCAGGGACCCGUCGCCCCGCUCCCACUCCCGAGACCGAGCUGAUUCCAAAAGGAGCCGGGAAAAGGCCCAGGCGGCCCCAACUGCCCGGCGGCGCCAGUCCCCAUCCCCCGAGAAGGGCAGGGACCCCCGCCUCCCUGCUGUGAGCAAACCCAGGAAGGCCCGGCCCCAGCUGGCCCAAGCGUUUGUCAAUCCACGGGCUGGAGGGACCCAGAAUGGGGACGGCAAGGCCCAAGAGGAAGAGGAGGAGAAGUAUGAGCUAAAGACCGUCACCCUCUCCAAGCUGAGGCAGUCCCUGGGAAUCAGCAUCUCCGGUGGAAUAGAGUCCAAAGUGCAGCCUAUGGUGAAGAUAGAGAAGAUUUUCCCAGGAGGGGCUGCCUACCUCAGUGGGGUUCUGCAGGCAGGCUUCGAGCUGGUGGCAGUGGACGGCGAAACCCUGCAGCGGGUCACCCACCAGCGAGCCGUGGACACCAUCCGCCGUGCCUAUCGCAACAAGAGCCGCGAGCCCAUGGAGUUAGUGGUCAAGGUGCCCGUGCAGCCGGACAGGGCCCGUGCCCCCCUUGACACAGCCCCGGGCUCUGGUCAGCACCCCAAAUAGCAUGGGAGCUGGUCAGGGACCAGCUAGUGAGAAGGACUGAAGCCAGGACCUGGACACAGGCCUAAGGCAGGUAUCUCAUUGAAACUCCCAAGCUGGGCCUUGGGCAGUGUCCAUCUGUACUGUGCUUCUCCAGGCCUUGUGCGGGACCGGCCUGGGGCCGGCCAGACAGGAGGAGAGGGGCCCAAGGCCCGCUAGCUUUCAUCCACCCAUUCUUGGGCAUAAGGUGAGUUGCCUCUCCCCAGGCUAGCACUCUGAGAGGGGUCCAGCCUGAUGCUGAGGGACAGAGAGAGGAAAGUGUUCUUGUGUGCAUCCCAAUUUCCUUCACCUGAACUUGUUCAAAGGCAGAGUGGACUGAUUUCCAGUCAGGAGGCCUGGGUUCUAGUCCAACCUCUGACCCCUCCUUGCCUCAGUUUCCUCAUCUGCAAAAUGGGUUAGGUACUACCUGCCUCUACCUCACAGAGAUGUGAGGAUAAAAUCAGAUUAGUGUGAAAGCUCUUUGGAAGAAAGCAGCACUCUACAAAUUGAAAGUGUUAAUUAUGAUUGCCCCACAACCCUUCUCCCCAGGUGAUAACCCUCACCUUGUCCCUGCUGAGCUACCUGUUUCUUCCUCAGCUGUGGCUUCAAAUUGCCUUUGAAGCCCAAUCCUGUUCUCUUAGCACCUCUCCUCUUGCCUAAGGCAGCUAUUCUAGCACAAGAGCCCUGGGCAAACUUGGAAGGUGGAAGAGUCCAUGGGGUGAGGGGGAUGGAGGAGGAGUGUCAGGUUUGUCAAAAGGACCUGGCUCUUCAGCCCUCCUCCCUCCCUCUCCACCCAGCCUCCUUUUCUUAAAGACCCACCACAUAUGGGAUGGUUUGGCUUUUUCUUUUUUUUUAAUUUUUCUUUGGGUUUGUACAAGAAAUUUACACAGAGUGAAAAAUAUACAAAUGUAAAAACGAUGCCAUAAACUUGGGGGUGGGGGAAUGAAGAAAGAGGGAGGCAGCAACACAGGUUAAUAACAAACAAGAAUAAAUGAGGAUUCUCUGAGCUUUUCCUUUGGUGUAAUGUGGGCUCCUAGGUGUCGGGG